AUGCGCACAUCCUCUGCGCCGACAUCAACCAUGGCGUCCUCCGUGGCCGUUCACAGGUUACAUGCGAGGGGAAGAGGAAAUCUCUUCAAAUGUCUCAAAAACGUGGACUCCUUUCUUCGCAGGACCGUAGGAACUGUCGCCGUUCCAGCCCGGAACGAACCACCGAGGAAAGAAGAGACCGAGGGCGGACGUCUGUCCUUUUAUGCCGUCCAGGCGCAGAGACAAGAACAGGCGGAGAGAUCGGUUCUCAUCGGCUGCACCCCCACAAUCAACGAGAAAAAGAUCAUCAAGUUCCUAUCGAGACACGGCAAUAUAAAAAAGUACUUUACGUACGAAAGCUACGGCACGUAUGCGGUGGUGGAGUUCGCGUCCCAAGAAAGCGUCGCCUCGUUACUCGAAGGAGCCGGCAUCCCUAAUAACGGCCACGAGUCCAUGGUGCCUUAUAAGUCAAGACUAAUGUCACUUAAAAGUCUCGGUGCGGCAGAACUGAGAAGUCAGCCGUCGAGUCAAGAUAACCAUCUGCAAACCACCAUUCCCAUCAACAAGCUCAUGCAAAUGCUUUGCUUAGAGGAGAGCAUAGACCAACAGAUCAUCCGCUUGACGGAAGUCUCCCAGCUCACCGAGGAGAACAGCCACCUGCGCUUCCUCGUCUGCUCCCUGCUGAAAGACAUCGCCGCCGCCUAUUUCCCAGAAUGCUCCAUCCAGCCGUUUGGAUCGUCGGUAAAUGGCUUCGGGAAGCUGGGCUGUGAUUUGGAUAUGUUUCUGGACCUGGACAACAUCAGCGGAAGGAAUUUAAAGACGCCAAAGUCCGCCUUGACCCUGGAGUACCAGAUGAAGCGGGCCGACUCUGAACGCACGGUGACGCAGAGCAUCCUGUCCGUCAUCGGCAAAUGCUUGGACCAGUUCGUACCCGGCUGUGUCGGCGUGCAAAAGAUCCUGAACGCCCGAUGCCCUCUGGUCCGUUUCUCGCAUCAGCCGUCGGGUUUUCAGUGUGACCUCACCGCCAACAACAGGGUGGCGAUAAAGAGCUCGGAGCUGCUCUACCUAUACGGCCAGCUGGACCCUCGGGUGCGUCAGCUGGUGUUCAGCAUACGCUUCUGGGCCCGGGCUCACGGCGUGACCAGCAACAUCCCCGGGGCCUGCAUCACCAACUUCUCCCUCACCGUCAUGGUGCUGUUCUUCCUGCAGCAGAGAAGCCCCGCCGUCAUCCCCACGCUGAACCACCUGCAGGAACUUGCAGGUCCCGCGGAUAGGAGCGUGAUCGAGGGCAACGACUGUACAUUUGUCAGCGACGUGGAGAAGAUCCAGCUCCAGAAUAACACCGAGACACUUGAGCAACUGCUGAGUGAAUUCUUCGAGUUCUACGCCACUUUUGCAUUCAGUAAGAAGUCUAUAAAUAUCCGAAAGGGCAAGGAGCAGAACAAGCCGGAGGCGACCCCGCUCCACAUCCAGAACCCCUUCGAAAGCGCACUGAACGUCAGCAAGAACGUCAACGGCUCCCAACUGGAACGAUUUGUGGCUUUGUGUCAGGAGAGCUCCUGGCUGCUCCAGCAGAGAGACACCCAUGUACCCAAAGGGGCCGGCACAUCCGCACAUUGGGGACUGGCGACCCUCUUCCUGCCCUCUAGCAUUGCCAAGGUCAAAAACCGAAAGAAGAGGAAAGCGGAGCCCGCCAGUGAAAGGAUUAAGAGUUUGCUAGAAUCCCUCAAGGCUGUAAACCAGCCAAAGAACUGAAAUCAUUUUGUUGUCAUUUUUGAACGCCUUCCAUCCAUCCCAUUUUCUGCCGCUUGUCCCUUUUUGGGGCGGAAGGCGAGGUACACCUUGGACAAGUCGCUAACAGAGACAAGACAACAUUCACCUUCCAUGUGGUUCGUCACAUGGCCACUGGAGGGCACUACAGAGACUUGUAUGAACCUGUAGCCAAACUAAGUGUACAGAAUGUGUAUACUACUGUACCGAUGUUGUCAAAAUAUAUGACAUUUUGCAAUGUAUAUGUGUAUUAAAAUCAGGGUUCAUCCAACAAUAUCACCUUAGAAAUAAACGUUUUAAUCGUG